CCAGACGUGUAUCUUAGAGUCGGAAACAACAGAAGUGUUACUAGCCAGGCAGCCUUUGGAGUAAAUUAAGAUAAUAAAUUAUUUUUAAGCCAGUUACAUUACUCAUGUUUUCGAGGAAAGAUGGCAACCGAUUUAACGUUAGACCUCGAUCACGAACAACACAUUACGAUGAAUAAUAGUGAGCCAGGCAUCUCCAUCGAUCAGGAUGGCGAGUGGGACAUGAGCCUGUUUGAUGAUCUGGGCAACCUGGAAUAUGCCAGUGAAUUAUUCCAAACUCUGGAGAACUCGGGAUUUACCAAUGAUGCUCUUGGCAUGGACUUUGACAUUGACCUGUCCCCCUGGAGUGCAGACACAGGCAGCAGAUACACAGAUGGUGAGAUGAAUUUGGACUCUUUGUCCCCAGCCCACACUCUGAGUUCCGUCCUCUCUCCUGGCUCUCUGAGUGCCCUGUCACCUUGCUCCACACCUGAUGAGCCUCUGUCCACCCAGUCCCAGCUCUCCCCGGGAUCGGUCUGUUCCGAUUCCAGUGGCUUCUCGGAAGCCCCUCCGCCAGCCCGGAAGCCCCCUAAACGGACCAGCCAAGCCGCCCGAGUCAGGUCGGCCCAGCCAGCCAGGAGACCCAUCCAGAUGAGCCCCAGGUUCUCCAUCCAGCCCAGGCCAGUCCUCACCGCCGUGCCCCUGGCCACAGCGCCCCUCCAGACCAAGACCAUCAUCAUUCAGACCCUGCCGGCCGCGGUGCUGCCCACCUUGACCAAGCCCGCCCACAUCAACAUCCAGCCAGCGCCGCCUGCAGGUUGUCCCGUGGUGUUGUCCCAGCCUGCUCAGGUGCUGCAGAUCCAUACCCCAAACACUAUCACGGGGCACGUCGUUACCAUGCCAACGCUGACCCGGGACAGGCCGACCCCGGUCAUCUCUCAAACCGCCGUUCCCGUCACCCUCCGAUGCCCCUCCGAUGACGACGACUCCAAGGUCUCUCAGAAGCAACAGAGGAUGAUAAAGAACCGUGAGUCUGCGUCUCUGUCGCGGGUGAAGAAGAAGGAGUACCUGCUCACCCUGGAGGCCCGCCUGCAGCUGGCGCUGACGGAGAACCAGGCGCUCAAGAGCGAGAACGGCACCCUGAAGAGGCAGCUGGAGGGUCUGCUGACCGAGAACACCGUGCUGAAGGCGCCCGCGUCCAAGAAGAGAGCGGUGUGUCUGAUGGCUGUGAUGGUGCUGCUCGCGCUCAACAUCGGACCAACGAGUCUGUUUGGGCCCGGCCUUGGCUCCAAGCUCCAGGCCGGCUCCGUCCACAGCGGCAGACACCUGCUCGGCUUCUCCCCAGACACGGGGGCCGAGCCGGGCCCCGAGGACGCAGUCACCGACAGCUCUCAGGAUAAGGCUCUGAUGGUGAUGAAGGAGCCUGGCUUUCUCCAACCCCCUUCCCCCUGCCUGCCUCCUGUAAACAGGACCAAGUGCAUUGAGUUGACCCAUGAGCUGCGAGGCUGGGUCCAUCGUCACGAGGUGCAGCAGACUAAAUACAGACGGAUGAACAAGCCAGCCAGGACCAUCCUGAAACGAGACGAGAAGGAAUCCAGUGGUGCCCAGAUUGUGACGGUGGAAUAUACAGACACCUCAGAGGAAAAGAGCCACGGUAGCGAGCUACAGGUGUACUACGCCCCCCAUCGCACCUACAGCGACCUCUAUGACGAGAUCAAUCGCCGCGGCGACACUUUCUACGUGGUGUCUUUCCGCAGGGAUCACCUGCUCCUUCCUGCCACCAGCCACAACAAAGGACGCCGCCCCAAGAUGUCCAUGGUGCUGCCAGCCAUGAACAUAAACGACUCCAUUAUAAAGGACAAGGAGUUUGAGGUGAUGAUGCAGAUCGACUGUGAGGUCACAGACACCAGGAUCCUCCACAUCAAGUCCUCCAGUAUCCCAGCAUUCCUUCGUGUCAACCGCACCGACACCUUCUACCCACCCUCCCCCGCCGACAGCCAAGCCACACCCCCUGUUGCCGUCCUCAUGGGUUCAGCGUAAGCCGACUCGACCAAUCCAUGCAGCUGAAUAAGAUAUCAGUCAGUGCUGCAUACAGAAGCAUUGAGGUCAUAAAUACUGAACUUGACAAAACCGGGAUCUAACUCUUCAACAUGUACUCUUUACCACCAAAAACGCGAAAUCUGUUUAUGAGUACAUUUGGAACCACCACCAAAAAAACAAAAAACAAGUGUAUCUUUGAAUCGGAGGAAGUUGUAAGUGCAUUCAUGGAAUCCAUACAUUCAUGAGGCAGCUUGAAUGGUUGGUGUCGGUCAGCUGUUUUGGGUUUAAUGUCCGUCACGGGUGGGGGGGGGGGGGGCUGAGACUGUGUGUGGCAGGGCUGUGUGUACCCCCUCGUACCCCAGAACCUCUGAACAAGGGUAAUUGCUGAACAGCAGGGGGGAGAGGCACUGAACCCUAAUUCACCCGGUCGAAACACAAAUACUUCGACCCCCCUGGUGGCAAUCCCUGAAGGCUGCCUUUCGGCUCCCUCUCUCGCUCCCAGUCUUUCUUUCUGAACCUCUUUUCCCGCACUUUCUGUCGAGCUUCUGUAUGUCAAACGGAUUGGAGGUUAUUAAAGGUGUUCCAUAGAACUCCGAUUCCUUAGAACUCCGAUUCGGAGGAUUCUCUGGGGACAAUAUGGCCACCUACUCUCAGGAAGAAAACUGUGAAAGCUAGCAGUCCGACCGCUGAAAUUCUGUGGUGUCUUUUGUUGUGAUUGGUUGUAGUGCUCGUGUUCUGUUUUAAGUUAUGCUGAUUUAUUAUACUGUGCUGAAGCUGAUGCUCUUUCACAAGGGGGAUACUCAAACAGUGAAAACAAAUAUUUAAACUUUAUUAGACUUCUGUUUUGUGAUACAAGCAACAUCAAAGAUGAAAUAAAAAACAAGCAUGUUCAAAA